GUUAGAUUCGUCUUAAACCAAGAGUAAGUAUCUUCUUCUUUCAAUCCUUUUGAAUCUGUUAUGUAUAUAUAUAGAAGAAGCUAUACACUUUCACAGAGAAAGGCUUUAGCUUUAUAAUCUCAUACUUAGUUCGUGACACUCUCAAAUUCUGAUUAUUGAGUUCAUAGUUUCCCUCAUUAGGAAUGAAUCUCUUACCUGUCUUUACCUUUGUUUUUGGUUAGAAUUAUUGUGAAGAUAAUCAAAUUUUGUUUGAAUAAUCAGUGUGCACAUUGUAUGUUUGUGCCAUUAUAAGGUGAUUGUGAAGGUUGAGUUCGAUUCAGAUUCAUGUUCUGUGGUUAGAGACUAGAAAAGAUAGUCUAGAAUUAGCUCUUAGAUAGAGACAGCAGUGACGAGGCAUUAUUGUUCCGAUAUCUUUCGUUGGAUGAGUUUGGUCCAUUAAGUUCGCCAUUAUAUUGUGAUUGUGAAACUUGAGAGUUCGAUUAAAUGUUGGUUUACAUUCAUGUUAUGUUGUUAGAGAUUCUCAUUGUAUUCAAUGAAUGUCACAUUAUCUUAUCUUUGAGGUUGAUGGAGUUGAUAUGCUGGUGUGUAGACAAUGAUGAUUAUGUCAAUAACCAGUACUGUUUUCAAUUCUGCAGUCCCAGAGUAACCGUGGCUGCAUACACCAUCCCACAUCCUUCCCUUGAACAGGUCAAUAUCCGGGUCCAGACAACAGGUGAUCCAGCAAGAGAGGUUUUUAAAGAUGCAUGUCAAGAGCUCAUGCAAAUGAACAGACAUGUGAGAAGCGUUUUUGAUAAGGCUGUUGCUGAGUAUAAGGAUGAACAAAAGCGUAAGGAGGAGGCUGAAGAAGAAGAGCUUAAGAGGCAGAGGGAUCUAUUUGGGUCCAUGGACAUUGAAAACAACUGAUAACCAUUGUAUUCUCCUAUGGAGUUUAUACUAUUUUUAUCUUAAAUCCAGAUUCGUCCUUCAAAUUGACUCGUCAAAUUCAUAAUCCACACCAAAAUUUAACCAAGAAGAUUCUU